UGGAGGGCUCGACUCCUACUUUUUUGUUGGGACUGUGAGGAAAAUUAUACUGUGGAGGACGGACGGCGGUUUUUGGGACGAAAAAGCCGAUAAACUGAGUUACUAGAGCCAAGUUACAGAGCAUGGAGCUACAUGAACGCUCGGUUUAGCGGAGUAAAAUGCAGGCGGACGUGCUUUCCCCGUGAUUUCCCCACAGGAGGCUUUUUCUUUGUGUGGUACUGUUGCUGUCCCCCGUCAUGCUGAGCUUUCUGCGCAGGACUUUGGGUCGGCGGUCCAUCCGCAAACACGCAGAGAAGGCCCGUUUACGAGAAGCACAGCGGGCCGUAACGCACAUCCCUGCGGCCGGCGACGCCACGUCGAUCAUCACCUGCCGCGUCUCCCUACUGGACGGGACGGACGUCAGCGUCGACCUGCCGAAAAAAGCCAAAGGCGAAGAGCUGUUUGAGCAGAUCAUGUACCAUUUGGACAUCGUGGAGAAAGACUACUUUGGACUGCGCUUCAUGGACUCGGCACAGGUCCCGCAUUGGCUCGACGUCACAAAAAGUAUCAAAAAGCAAGUCAAAAUUGGCCCACCGUACUGCCUUCACAUGAGAGUCAAGUUCUACUCUUCAGAACCGAACAACCUGCAUGAAGAACUCACCAGAUACCUUUUUGUGUUGCAGCUGAAGCAAGACAUCCUCAGCGGCAAGCUUGAAUGUCCAUUUGACACGGCGGUGGAGUUGGCUGCCUUCUCUUUACAGGCUGAAUUAGGCGACUGUGACCCACUGGAACACAAUCUGGACCUGGUGUCAGAGUUUCGCUUCAGUCCAGAGCAGACGGAGGAUAUGGAGCUCGCUGUCUAUAAUGCAUGGAAGGAGUGCAGAGGUCAGACACCAGCGCAGGCUGAGAUUAACUACCUAAACAAAGCAAAGUGGUUAGAAAUGUACGGGGUGGACAUGCAUAUGGUCAAGGCAAGAGACGGUAACGAGUACAGUCUGGGUUUAACACCCACUGGAGUUCUGGUGUUUGAAGGCCAAACCAAGAUCGGACUCUUCUUCUGGCCCAAGAUAACCCGUCUGGAUUUCAAGAAGAGCAAACUGACGCUCGUGGUGGUGGAGGACGACGACCAGGGAAAAGAGCAGGAGCACACCUUUGUCUUCAGGAUGGACCACCCCAAAGCCUGUAAGCAUCUGUGGAAGUGUGCAGUGGAGCACCACGCCUUCUUCAGGCUCAGAGCGCCGGUCCAGAAAAACCCGCCGCGCUCUGCCUUCAUACGUAUGGGCUCACGCUUCAGAUACAGCGGGAAGACGGAGUACCAGACGACCAAGUCGAGUAAAGCCAGGCGGUCGACCUCAUUUGAGAGGAGACCCAGUCGGCGUUACUCCAGAAGAACCAUGCAGAACAGAGGACAAUUCAACCUCCCAGAGGGUCUUUCUUCAGGCAACGGCGUGAGCUCCAGCAAAGAAAACAAGGCCUCUCCAGGCAGAGGGGUCUGGUCCGGCAUGCCUGUGGUGAGCCCCGUAGCAGCUUCAACCUGUGGACCAGUGGAAAUCGAGGCGUUACCCAGAAGUCCCGGAGGAGAAAAACGAGGCUUGCCGGUAGUCGCAGACCUGAUGGAGACGUGCCUCGACGAUGUCCUCAGGGCUCCCGUUGUUCCUCCCAUAGCAGCUGCAGAAGAAAUCGCACCGUGCGCCGCUUACGCCGCUGCCAGCGCUGCUGCUGAAGAUCCACUCAGUCUCGCUGAAGCAGCGGCUCGCUUGAAGCAGCUGGAGUUGGAGAGCAUUCAACUUCCUGCGACUCCAAGAAAUAACAUCAACAUCAAUGUGGCCAUGAACAACCAGGACGACGUAGUGAAGCUCACAGAGAAAUGCGGUCUGAACAGUGCAGGAAGUAGUCCGGUUGUCACUCCGCUGCGCGUCCCGGAGGAUCUCAAGAGUAACAUCCUGAAAGCUCAAGUUGAAGCGGCGGCACUGAAGGGACAUCUGGAGGAACAUGUCAUGAUGCCUGGCGACAAGAACUGCAACCUGCAGGAAGCCUCUGCAAGGUUGAGGGUUCGUACGGGCCGACUGGGCAGUAACUCGUCUCUUUCUGUUAGCAGCCAUCCGGAUGGCCAAGACUCCUGGGAGCUGCUGAAGCCGGCCUCGCCGGCCUCCUCUGCAGCUGCCAGUGCUGAGAGGUUGGCGGAGGACUCAAACCCGUCUGUCCCCAAGAUUCCUGCUGUCAGCGAAGGCUUGGCCCCGAAGGUCAAAGCAGAAGAGUUUGAUAUUCAAAGUGUCGCUGUGCCGUCUGACAACCUGAUUGACUUCACCGAUCCCAUUCCUCUUCUGCCACCGGUGCAGCAUCCCAAACCUCUCCUCACGCCUCGCUGGAUCGUUCCUGCGACAGCCCCUCCCGGCCUCUUUACCAAUGGGCUGCAUGACAGUGAAGCUAAGGUGGUCCCUCUCCUUCCCCCUGCUGAUGGGGGAUCAGUUCUCACGUCAGCUCCUGUCCACCUCACUCACCCGCGUAACGCUCUCUCUGCCAGCGCUGCGGUUCUUCCGCCCGUCCCGGAGGGCGGAGCCAAACCCAGAGGCCUCCUGACCACCGAGCUCUGAUGACGGGCGGAGCAGACGCCAAACCGGCAGCUUCAGAGCGACACAUUCACACGAACCGCAGCCACUGUCACAAUAAGAAGACUCGUUUUAUUUUAAAUGAUUUUUCUCCAGCCUGAUCAUCUCAACAGCGUGACUUUUAUUUUAUUUUCACCUGGUAGGGAGGGGGUCGGUCUGCCUGCCUCUUUACUGAAUCCAUCCAAGCUGAUCAGAUUGUGACCUCAGCAUCUUCACGUUGCGUUCCCAGGGGACUUUAAUGUGGCGCUAGCACCUGAGAACAGAAGUGAAGACACUACAAAGGAGAACUAACACUGAGAUCUGGUCUCAGUGGUCGACGCUUAAAAUGUGAGUCUUAGCCGUGAUGUUUGGGACCGCUGGACCUCUGAGCUGCUCCAGGACGGCUUAGCUUAGCUUAGCAGCACACCAGCAACAUGUUAGCCACUGGAUACGAAAGCUUCACUGGAUUCUCCGUUUCAACACUGGACUUUUCAGAGUAAUAUGAAGAUGGUUUUACACAAAUGUUUUACUGUAUUAUUAUUAUUAUUAUUGUCGUCGUUAUUGCCAGUCCAUGUUUUCUAAAUGCCCAUUCCAGGACGUGUCGGUAGCGCCAGAGAAAAAUAGCUCUGCAUCUCUUUCUGGAUCCAGUUUAGUAAGCUUUACCAUAACCACUAAUUUUAAGUGUUGUUAUUUUUUGAUUAAAUUUCACCCUCUUCUUGUUAAUC